AUGAGGCUCGUAGAACGGGGAUUCGUCAAAGAGUACUAUCAGCACGAGAUUGAAAGCCUCACCGACGAUGAGCUGGUUCAACGGGACUCGGCUAGCGUUGAGGAGCUGGUAGCAUCGGUCGUCCGCUAUGCAAUUUUGUCGCACCGGUGGGGACCCAAAGAGCCCACAUACGCUGAUCUUGCUAGCAAGUCAACAGACAGAUUACGAUGCUCAAGUGGACCUGGGUAUGCAAAGCUGUACAGCUUUUGCCUAGAAGCACAGCGUAGAGGAUAUCUAUUUGCGUGGUCGGACACCUGCUGCAUCGACAAAAGUAGCAGCGCGGAGCUCGACGAAUCCGUCCGGUCCAUGUUUAGGUGGUACCGAAACUCCGACAUCUGCAUCGUUCAUCUUUCCCAGACAGAACAACGGGAUGACCUACGUUGCGACGAGUGGUUCUUCCGAGGUUGGACUUUGCAGGAGCUGCUCGCGCCGAGGCGGAUCAAGUUCUUCAACUCCAGGUGGAAAGCACUCACGUCGGACGUUAACGACAAGGACACCACUUCAUCCUUGCUCCUGUCUAUUUCGGAGGUCACAGAAAUCCCACGUCUGGACAUUGCCUUUUUCUCCCCUCUUACUUAUGCCGUCGACACACGAAUGACAUGGGCCGCCAAGCGUGUGACCACUCGCGCCGAGGACGUUGCCUACUCGCUGAUGGGUGUAUUUGGCGUCAGCUUCCAAAUCGCAUACGGAGAAGGUGCAGAUAGAGCGUUCGCUCGCUUGAUCGAAGCCAUCAUACUCUCCGGCUGCGACUUGAGUGUUCUUAACUGG